CUCUCAGCGUUAUAUCACAUCAUUUUCAGCGGAGUUAGUGCGUCAACAUGAUCCGUUCAUUCUUCAGAGCCGGGGCUCGAUCUUUCCUCACUCCACGUCGCUACUCGAGCCGUAAAGUUUCUGUCCUGCAGAGUGGAUUGAGAGCUAUUCAGAAUUUGGAAGGGGCACAAGUUCAUCUCUACUAUCUUCAGUGUAUGGCUCAAGCGUCGUAUAUGAUACAUCAUGACAAAAAUGCUUUUUUGGUGGAUCCGAGACGUGAUAUAGAAGCAUAUCUUUAUGAUCUUGAAUCAAAGAAUUUGUCUCUCAAAGGAAUAUUCUUGACUCACAUCCAUGCUGACUUUGUGUCUGGUCAUAAAGAGUUAAUCGAUCAUACGGGAGCUGUCGUGUACAUGGGACCUGGAGUGAAGGACCGAUGUCAGUUUCAGUUGACUGAACUGCCAGAUGAUGCAGUUGUGGAUGUGUCAGACAAGUUUGAAAUAAGAGCACUUCACACCCCAGGCCAUACACCGGAAUCAAUGACAUUUGUCUUGGUCAACAAAUUGAAUAACAAGACGCCACUUGCCGCAUUUACUGGUGACACUCUCUUUAUUGGAUCUGUUGGACGUCCUGAUCUGGUUGGAUCUCUCAACUUCACUGCUGAAGAGAUGUCAAGAUUGAUGUAUGACAGUUUGGAGAAGAAAAUCAAGACACUACCAGAUGAUGUUGUGGUCUAUCCGGCUCAUGGAGCGGGUUCGCCAUGUGGUAAGAACUUGAGUGAUGAUUUGUGGUCAAGUAUAGGGAAUGAAAAACAAAACAAUCCAGCUUUGCAGUUUGAUGCAGUGGAGCCGUUUGUGAAGUAUCUCACAACAGACCAACCUCAAGCACCUCAAUACUUUUUUCAUGAUGUUGAAUUGAAUCUGGCAGGGGCUCCAUCAGUGUCAGAAACUGUGGAGAAAUGCAAGUGGACGAAACCGUCAGAACUGCACAGCAUUUUGAAAUCAGACACGACUGUUUGCGUUGUCGACACUCGUUCUAAAGAGGAAUACUAUCACUCUCAUAUUGGCAAGUCGCUGUUGUUUUCUAUGGGAGGUCAAGGUGGCACAACGUUAGCGAUUUGGGAAGGAAACUUUGCCAUUUGGGUUGGGACUCUUGUUGGACCCAGCAGACGGUUGGCUGUUAUUGCUAGCGAAGGUCAGGAGACAGAAGCCGUUCAGCGACUGGCUCGAAUUGGAUAUCAGCCAGAAAUUGUUCUCGAUGGAGGAAUGAAGGCGUGGGAGGCCGAACAGCUUCCUGUUGACAAGAGCAACCUCGUGGAAGUGAGAAGUGAGGAGCAGUUGACCCGUUUAGUCGACAAUGACGAUACUGUACUUGUUGAUGUUCGUACGGCAUCUGAGUAUGCGAACAAUCACAUCAAGAGUGCUAUUAACAUUCCACUCAGCAAUUUGAUGACAACACGUCAUGAUCUCAACAAAACCAAACUAUAUGUGGUUUACUGCCAUUCUGGCUAUCGAUCGUCAAUUGCUGUAUCGGUUCUUCAGAAUGUUGGUCUGCAGGCCACCGACAUCGCAGGAGGAUUUGCGACAGUCAAUGUGUGUGUCCCUCAGUACACAGCAACCGGUCAGGUAUGUCCAAACAUGCGUAAGACAGUGGAUGACCUUCAAGCGGUAACUGUUCGUGCAGUGUCGUAAAUCGAUUUGCAAAACAAAAAGGGAGAGAGUGAUAAAAGGUUGAGACUAGUAGAACAGGUUUAGUUGACAAGAGUAUGUUGUUGUGCUAAUUAGCUCGACUGCAUGUGUGUAUGCUGUAUAGUGUGUUAUAGUGUGUUGUUUAUGGUAAUACGUAUGUAGUACACUAAAUUCAGUGUGUCAAUGCUCUACAAUGUAGUCAUUGUAGUCAAUGUCAAUGUAGUCAUUCCGUUGGAUUAUACCGCAUUGUGGAUCUCCUAGUAGCCUUUGACGCCACUUGCC